CCGCGUAGAGGUGGUGGAGGUGCUCCUCGCGCAUGAUGCUGAGAUACUGCCGGCUCAGGGAUGGACACCUCGGCGGAAGCCUUUCGUCCAGGCUAUUCUUCACGGUUCGGAGUACAUGGUCUCUUUAUUCCUGCGCGCCGGGGCAGAUCCUAAUGACCGGGAUCUAGGUUCUGACUUUGACCGCACGGUGGCUCCGGCAUUGAAGCAUGCCAUUCCAUUCGAGGGUAUCUUUCGCCGCCUGCUUGCCGCCGGAGCUGACCCUACCGCCGUCGACAGUAUAAACAUCUCAGUUAUCGGCCAUGCCCUAAGAUCCGGCCGGACGGCAGUCGUCCAAAUGCUCAUUGAUGAGGGUCUGGAUCUCUCGCUCUACUUAACUCACUCCAACCUGUUGCACGAAGCCGUGCGCGGGGGACGUGCAGUCCUCGAGCUUCUCCUCGCCGCCGGGAAAUGGGAUAGCUUACUCUUGCCCACCAAUUUAGACUUAUCCUCCCGCGAAAAGGCCCUUGGAAUAGCCGCCGAGGCCGGUGAGAUCCAGACCUUGCGGUGGCUGUUAGAUCGGGGGUUUCUUCCAGUCCGAGGGCCCCAGUUGCCGCCGCCCACCGUCCAUCUGCUGGGUCUGGCGUCGUGCACGAACGCGGCGGAUGCGGACGCCGCAACCAUCCUCGAUCUUCUCCUCCAGGCUGGUCUGGAUAUCAACGAGAUCAUCUCCCGCGAGACGGCGCUGACGCUUCUAGCUGAUCGUUGCUACUCGCGCGGAGAGCCCCAGCACGGUCGCUUACGCAUGCGCAUGCUGCUUGAGCGCGGUGCCAACUUGUUGCCGCCGCAAAGCCUCCCGCAAGCCACGCGCUACCACACCGUCUCGCGGUUCGAUCUCAACCUGAUCGGCCGGCACCCCGACCUAGAUGAGAUGGUCUUUCAGGAGCUGGAGACGCGGCGCGAGCCGUGGCCGGUGGUCGAACGUCUGUUCCGGUGGGCGAAGACUUGCGCGCGCGAGCGUCGAAAUCCGGAUUUCCUCCGGACAAUCGAGCAGUACUCGUGGCGAGUGCGGUAUCCUGUUUGAAUGUGCUUCCAUCGCUAGACCUCGUCAUCAUGUUAGAAAACCUUCCCGUACGGGAUAUCGCGAUUGGGACAAACAAGCUGCAGGAUGCAUUCUGACGAGGCUCCUAGGGUUAAUGACACUAUUGCAUAGUUGAUAGGAAGUGGUGCGUGUUAACUCGCGUUCUGAGAUCUGUUGCUAUGUGUGCGGCUUCGCGACCUAGCCUAGACUUCGUCUCACAGUGGCAGUCAGCGAGAUAGGGAGUUCUGUAAAUACGCUAGCAGGUAU